AUGGCGCUGCUCUCCUCUACGGCGUUAUUAUACGCCCUCCCGGCCCUGGUAGCGUACUACAUCGUCUCGUCCUACCUCGCCCGCCGGCGCCUAGAACGCUUCGCAAAGGCUCACGGCGCGACCCUGCCCAAAUACGUCUCGACGAAACUGCCGUUCGGUAUCGAUGUGGUCUGGCGCGCCAUCUCCACCGCCCGCAACGGCGGCGACAUCCUCGACGAUUGCAUCGGUGCCGGCUAUGCCGCCAACGGGACCACCUUCUCCAGACCGGGCUUAUUCGGCCCCACCGAAGUCUACACCAUCGACCCGGCCAACAUCAAGGCUGUGCUGGCCAAUAACUUCAAGGACUUCGACCUGGGCCCGAGGCGCAUCCAGCAGUUCAAGCCGCUGCUGGGGCACAGCAUCUUCACCGCCGACGGCGCCUUCUGGGAGCACUCGCGCGCGCUGUUCCGCCCGCAGUUCUCGCGGGACCACAUCAACGACCUCGAUAAGACCGAGGCCGCCGUCCAGGCCUUGUUCAGGGCCCUCCCGCUGGUCGGCCACUACGAGAGCGGCGCCGUGACGGUAGAUAUCAUGCCCAUGCUCUCCCGCUUCACCCUCGACACUUCCACCGGCUUCCUCCUCGGCGAGAGCAUCGACUCACAGACGGCCGCCGCUACGGGUACAAGGUCGACGACGAGCGCUGCGACGGCCAUGGCGGCUGACCAGUGCGACAAGGACAUGACCUUUACCGAGGCCUUCUACGAAGCUCAGAUGUGGAUUUUGACGCGUAUACGCCUGCAGGGCAUGUACUGGCUCGCGCCGGUCGGCAAGGGUCAGAAGGCGGCGGACUACAUCAGGAGGUACACCGACUACUACGUCCGCAUGGCCCUCGGAUCGGAAAAGGCUCGCGUGGCGGCAGCGGACAAGGGGUACAGCCUGCUGGAAAAUCUGGUGGAGCAGACACAGGACGAGGGCGAGCUGCGGGACCAGGUCCUGGGCCUACUCAUCGCCGGCCGCGACACAACGGCCACGCUCCUGUCGUGGACCCUUCUCCUCCUCGCGCAACACCCCGCCGUCUUCGAGCGGCUCCGCGCCGAGGUCAUCCAGAACUUUGGCGAGUACACGGACGACGGCGGCAGCAGCCGCCCGGCCAACAUCGAUUUCGGCACGCUCAAGGCGUCCAAGUACCUGCAGUUCGUCCUUCGCGAGACGCUGCGCGUGUACAACGUCGUGCCGCUGAACAUGCGUAUCGCGACACGGGACACGGUACUCCCGAGGGGCGGCGGCGCCGACGGGGAGCAGCCCAUCGUGGUGCGUGCGGGGCAGACGGUCAACUUUUCGCCGUACCUGCUGCACCGCCGGGAGGACAUCUGGGAGGCGGCCGCCGAGUUCCGGCCCGAGCGGUGGGAGGGGGUGCUGCUGGACUGGAAUUAUAUCCCGUUCAGCGGCGGGCCGCGAAUUUGUCUCGGACAGCAAUUCGCCCUCACCGAGGCCGGGUACCUCAUCGUGAGGCUGCUGCAGAGGUUCAAGAGCAUGGAGUGGCAGGGGCCGGAGGGGAAGCCGAGGAAAGUACUGCAAUUCACGCUGGUGCCGAGGGAUGGCGUGAAUAUCAAGCUGCAGUAUGCGUAG